AUGUAUAGAUAUGUUGUGGAAAUCAUAGUUUUAAUAUGUAUUCAAGCAUCAAAAUGUGUAACGAUAGAGAAACAUUAUCACUCAAUGGACAAUACAGAACCAGAAAAUGAUCUUGCCAAAUUUAUAGAAUCAAAAGGAUAUUUACCAGACGAUAAAGAUUUACCUAAAUCAUCUGUGAUUAAUAAAAAUGAUAACGACAUAGCAUAUAUUUUAUCAAAAUUAAGUGACAAAGAACUUAUAGAAUUACUUAAUACUCAACCUAAAAGAGAAAUUUAUGACUUAAGCGAUGUUGUUCAAGUAGCACUAGGGCACAGUAAACCUUUAAAAAAUGUUAAAAUUGAUCCAGAAGAAAACGAUGCCACGUUUCAAAUAUCUUUAGAAAAUACAAACGAUACACCGGCAAUGUUUAAAUUAGAACACAAAGAAAUAAUACCACAAAAGCAAAAAUCGUCCGCCAAUUUUGUUGCUUUAAAGAAACUCCAUAACCUUUUAUAUAAUCGACCACGUUAUGUAUCUAACGGUGAAAAUCUAAAUGAUCAAAAAAAAGAAAUUUUGUUUGAUAUUCUUGUAGCUCAACUAAAAAUGUUAUGUUGUAAAACCUCUUCUAAAAACCUACAUACCACAAUGAAAGGUCCACAAUUCAAAUUCCUGAAUAAUUUCCUGCCGAAAAAGACUCAGGAUAAACUACAACCUACAGAUAAAAGUCAAAAUAAUAAUGAAUUUAUGUUUCUUAUUAUGAAUGAAGAAAUAAAGAGUAAAGACAACGAUGAUCUGAUUUUAGUAGACCCUGAAACUCUUGGGAUAAAUAGCAGUGUUUUACUAUUAGGACCUUUGACGACUCCAUUAACUGAUGCUCAAAUAAAAAUAGUAAUGAAUCGUAUAUCUGGUGAAUUAAUGAAGCCUGAAUAUAUAUCCUUCUUACAAAAGCUUUCGAAUGGAACAUUAAAUGAAAACAACACUAGCGUCUUGAAAAAUUUUAUAACCGGACCGAAUACGAGAAGAUAUAUUAAAGCUCAUAGAUGUAAUCACCAAUCGAAAUUGUCAAAAAUAUAUGGCGGACCGAAAUGGUUAAUUUGCACCGGCUAUUUAAACAUAAAUACUCCAAGUCUAUAUGAU